AAGAGAUAAAAGUAGAAAUGGUCAUUUCAAUUGAUAUUUAAAUUAAAAUUUGUGCACUUUUGUAAUCUCAUUCGAAUUUUCUCAUUAAAUAAAAUCGAACAGAAUAAUAAACAAAAAGGUAUAUUUACCGUAAACAUCGAAAGCAAAUCAUCAAAAAAUUAUCAUCAGAACAAAUUUUAACAGCAGCAGCUCAUCGUCAUUUUUGGAAAUCAAUUUAAAGUUGAAUCAAAAUCAAUAGUCGAUGGUUGAGUGUUUUCGAUUUACCUUUUCCUGGAGGACACAAAAGUUGGAAAAUAUUCAUGCGUGGGUGAAGGAAUUUCAGAAUAACGGCAAAUAUUUAAAACAAAGGAGCUUAGCAGCAUAAGAUCAUCUCAUAAAUUGCAUAUUGUUAGAUAUUUCGACACAGCAGAAAACAAAUCCUAAAAACAUGAUCAUCCGAUGUGAUAGAGUCGCUUGCGGCAUUCUGUUCUUAACUCUCGUCACACUGAUAAGUUCAUGUAAAAUUUCGGAAUUUCCUUGCAAAAGUAAUGGCCUCUGCCUUCCGCUUGACAAAUAUUGCGAUGGCAUUGAUCAUUGUGAGGAUUUAAGUGACGAACCAAAAUUUUGUACAGUUUGUAAUCGCACUUACUAUGGAGAUGUUGGACGAACUUAUUCAAUCCAAGUGCCAACACCACAAUGGAAUAGGAUUCCAUUCCUUUGUCAUUUAACAUUCACUGCUUCUGGUCACGAACAAGGAGACAUCGUUCAGAUCAUAUUUGAUGGCUUCACUGUUGGUAGAUUUGACGAGGGUUCAUCUGAUAGUGACUUUGAAACAACAGAUGCGAGUCUGAUGUUGUCAACCUCUGGUGCUGAACUUCCAGGGUGUCCCGAUGGAUUUAUGCAGCUAAGUGAGUUGGGUCGUCCUUUCACUGGAGGUUCAUGGUGUGGGACUGCUAGCGGGGUUCAGCAAUAUUUUAGUGAAACUUCAACAGUUACAGCAUCUGUUAAGGUGUUUCACGCACCAUCAAUUCAACAAGAAAUACCUUUCGAGUUUCGUAUUCGAUAUAAAUUUCUGAGUCAAAGCGAAGCAGUUGUACGUUAUGGGACGUCAUCGGAUCUUUUUGAUCUCGGACGAGUUUCGCCAGGAACAUAUUGUACUCGGCAAUUUGAAGAGUGUUCUCGUAACAAAUGUCGCUUACAAAGUCCUAACUAUCCAGGCAUGUAUCCACGUAAUGUAACAUGUUACUGGACAAUCCGACAAAAGACUGUGCCUACAUGUAAACAUGCUAUGAUAGCUGUGAGUCAAGAGAAUUCUCAUAAAUCACUCGUCAAACGUUCGAUAGCGAGUCUAAACAAAACAGCACGAACUGUGCGAGCAUGGUCAGACUGUACAGGCGAACGUGAUCACUUAAUAUUUUACGAUGGAAGCUCUACAAAUGAUCCAGUGUUGGCGAAGUUUUGUGGUGGUGAUUGGCUGCCAAAAGUAGUAUCAAGAGGUAGUGAAAUGUUAAUUGCCUUUCAUUCAUCACCAUAUUCCGCACCACUGCAGACAGGCACGCCAAACCGGGGCUUUGAACUUAAUGUCGAUGUUCUUUUUACGGAUUCUGACUCGUAUGACUUUGUACAGACGACGAAAUGUGAAUUUCACAUAAAUGCAUCAAGUCCAGAUGACGUUAUAAUGUCGCAGAGAAAUGGAAGAAUGGGACGACUGUUGAGUCCACGACAUACAUUGCCACCGAAUACGACAUGCACCUACUAUUUCCAUGGCUUUCCUAAUGACUUAAUUUGGUUAUCAUUCACUAGUCAUCAUUUGCAGCUUUUACAGCCAGUUACGCAUGAUAACUUGACGGUAUUUGGACAGAGCGACCAGCCUUCGUCACAUUGGAUAGCGCGAAUGAGAUUAUAUGAUAGUGUAGGCACACAAAAUCCUAACAAAUUGCAAUCAACACCGUCGACAAUUGGAUUGUCAUUGCAACAGCAUCACCAACAUCAACAACGCUUUAAUAUAACAAAAUUAAAGCAAAGCAAAAAUUACUAUCGAGGCGAAGACACGAAAAAUCCAUACAAUUAUAAAGGAUAUAAAUUCAACAUGGAACAGUCAUGGAAUCCAGUCAAUAAUUACAUCUAUGGCCCGACUGUAAACAGCGUGUACAAUCAACAAGAUAAAGAAGCUCAAACCCACAAAAAACUGGAACGAAUUUUGAAUAUUAAUAGCAUCAACAACCGUGAUCGGGACAAAAAUAAAAUCAGCGACGAGCAUGAAAGGGAUUCUUUUGGCAAAAUGAAAAAUCGACCCGAAAAAUUUUCCAAUCGAAAACUCUUGGGUGAGUUUAUUAACAAUGAAGCGCCGAGAUUAUGUGACCACGCAAUCGAUGACUAUCGCGUUGAAAGCAUCAAAAAGCGUUUCUGUACGCCAUUGGAGAGUUAUGUUAGUACCGGGAGGGAUAUGAAAUUGGAAUUUCAUACAGCAACAGGAACGGCUUUGUAUCCUUACUCGUUCUCAGCAAAUUAUGAAUUCGUUGACACUGAAAUGGGUGGUGAUUUACUUGCUUUCGAUGAAAACAAUGAGGAUGAUAAGAAGAUGGAAAGUGAAUUUGCGCUUUGCUCGAGAACAUUUAAAAGUCGACGUGGCGAAUUUCGUUCACCUCGUAAUGUUUUUCUUCAUGGACGCGGUGGUGCGAAAAAUUUAAGCUGUCUAUACAGAUUCGAAGCAAAUGCCGGCGAACAGAUCCGCAUCACCCUCUACAAUGUUUCAUUUGGUGAGAGUGGCUUUUGUUCCACCGAAGCUGAUAUUCAUACCGGUCGACCUCGAUGUCAGUCUGGAGAUGUUGUCGAUUCUAAUAAUAUUAAUUUCAAAUUGACUAAUGACGACAAUUCAAAAGUUCGUGAACUAAAAAUUUAUGAUGUUCCCUAUCCACAUACAAGAGUUCAGAUGGGAUGCAUUUGCGAUAAUCAAUCAAUCUUUUAUAAUCAACCUUUAACAUUCCAAUCAACUUCACCCACAUUGGAAUUGACGUUUAUCGCUACAAAGCUCAACAUAACUGAAGAUUUUAUGGAUCUCUAUUUCUAUGCAUCCUAUGAGAUUGUAAGGGUGCCAGAUUGCCGUCAUAGACACAAACUCACUGCCACUGGAGGUGAAGAGAAUGCUUACUUCAACAUCCGUAAUUACGACAACAAUUGCAAUGGAAUGGCUUGGCUUGUUGAAGCAAAUAAACUAGAUCACAGUUUAUUCAUUCAAACUUGGGGCACAAUCUUACCUCAAAAUCCAACGCCUGAAGAGCUUGCCAAAUGCCAAACGAAAAAUCGCUUGGUAAUUUAUUCAGGUCACACAAUGGGAACAAUUCGUAUCAUUUGUCCUGCGAUUAAAUCACCAGAAUCACGACAUUUAUCGUUGAGAAUAUUCUCGGAAGAUUGGAUGAAUUCCUUCACGCUUCCAUCAAAGCCAAUCAGUAUGAUUGUUGAACCGAUACUGCGUGAACCAGGAAGUGUUUCCUUUUCGUGGUUGGAAAUUCAGAGAACAAAAGCUUCACUUGUCCAACAAAUUGAUCAGCAAACGAACUUCACUGCCAAUGAAACGUUAUUGGAAUUCGGAUUGUAUCCAAAGGAUGGUGAUUGUGAAUAUAAAUGCCCUGAAUUAGAUGCUUGCAUAGCGAGUAAUUUAUGGUGUGAUGGCUAUCCCAACUGCCCUUCGGGUUACGAUGAAUCUUCGAGUGAAUGUGGUGCGACGAGAAAGUUAUUAGAAUUACCUGCUGGCUUAUAUGCUGUAUUUGGAUGCUUUGCAGCAGGAAUUGCAGCUUGCCUUAUAUUUUGUAUGGUUGGCAUAUCUCGCCGACAAAAAGAUGUUCCCGAACCGAAGCAGCAUCCAUCACAGAUCACCACACCGAACGGAACUUACACUUUGCCGAGAACAAAUGGCGGCGACACAUUGAAGAAGGAUUCGUUGUUCUAUAAUCAUGAUCACGACUCCUGACAUAUGCUUCAACCGGUGGAAUAUGUGGACUACAUUCAUGUGGAUCGUGAGACCACAGUGUGACCGCCGGAUAGUGUUCAAUAUGAAUCUUUUUACUACACAAAUGAAAUUAUUGACUAUGAUAACUCAAUUUACAACAAUCAUCGUCAACCAAAUACGUUCACGAACAAAUUUAAUUAUCUAGUUACGAUUCUCUACAUUUCUUUUAAACUGUUUAUUGUUAUGUAAUUGAGAUGAAUCUAUUCAAUGAUAAUGAAACUUUAUAUGGAUGAUUAAAUACACGAUGGAGUAUAUUUUUUAAUGAAGCAUUCAAGAUUGAAAGAUUUUCAUUGAUUUCAUUGGCAUACAUGCUAAGAACUUAACUAGACGAAAGUAACAACAAACAACGUCUAAUCCUAGUUUUCAACUUUAAUCUUUCAUAAGAAACUUCGUGUAUGUACAUUGUUGUCCUUAAGAGACAAAAAACCUCCCCCAAAACUCUUCCUCAAACUAAACUUUAAAUAAAUAAUAAAGAAACUUACAAACGAUAUUUAAAUAAAUAAAUAAAUGAUGAAAAGAAUGAAUAGGAAAUAAGAAAGAAUCCAAUUUGAUAGUAAAAUUAAAAGUAGUUUUAAAAAGGGAUGAAGAGAAGGAAUUCAUAGAUGAUAAGUAAAAUACUGGGAGAAAAUGUUGAGAAACUUUCUGCUUUAAUUUAAUUAUCCAAAUUGUAAACUUUCACAAGUUAAGUUUUUCAUCCUUGACAUUUCAAAUUAGUUGAACUUUAUGAGUCUAAAUUUUCUACCCCAAAAAGUGCAUUUACUUCUUCAAACGCGAUAAUUAUGAAUUAAUUAGUUAAUUAAUGAAAUUAUAAGGAAGAGAAAUUGGUUCAUGUUCAUUUUAUGGGAAAAGGAAGAUUAAAAGCUUUAAUAUUUUAUAUGUUGUGAGAAACUUUUAAUCACACACAGUUAGUGAUCAUUUAAGCAAUCAAAAGAUUAUAAUUUUGAUCCUUUCAUUCUUCCUUGAUCGUCUCACGAUGAUGAUGAUGGUGAAAUCUUGAAAACUUGAAAUGAAAAUAAAAAUGAUAAAGUUUUGAUCUUUUAAGUUUCACGGUAAGUGAAACAUUGGCACAAUAUGAUGUAUAUUACACCACAAAGUGAAUGUUUAAUCACAACUUAAGCAAAAAGCAAAGGAAAUAAAUGCACAACCCGUUCCCUUUCACCCAUAUUUACGGAUUAAGGGAUUAAACUGAGAAAUAAAAUAAAGAAGAAAAAUAGUAGAUAAAAAAUAAAAAGCUCUCGCAAACUUUAAUGUUUAAAUGGAAUUUAGAUGAGAAAAUUUUCAUUCAUUUCAUGCAUGAACAGAAUUUUUUCCGUACACACUUCAAAAGCAGGCGAUAUAGAAAUGAUUUAAGAAAUUACUGAAAUUUGAAGAAUAAAUGAAAGUAAUUCAAUUCCACUUAGUCUUAUAGUGAAAACUUUCUAAUUAAGGAAUAAAAAAUGAAAGAAAUAAAGUUGAAGAAACAUAAAAUGAAAGUUCUCGUAGAACUUUGAUUCUCAAAGAGGGAGAUCAAAGUCUCUAGAGUUGAAAAAUUGUAAAUUGAGAAUUAUGAAUGACCGAAAACCUUGUUAAUAAAAAAUGGAAAAGAUCAAUUCAAAUUAAAGUCAGAA